UUUUUCCUUUCUGGGGUGGAGCGAGCCACUGGGGCUGCUGCACGGGGCUCCGGAACCGACGCUUCGCUUCCCCUGCCCCUUCUGCGAGCGAGCCCCGGCGCCAGGCUGCAAGACUUUCAUGUUCACCUCCGAGCAUCUGAUUUGAUGUGACGGUGAGAGGAAGCACACGGCAUUGUUCAUUCUGCUUGGACUCCUUGUUUACAGAAGAGUGAUGGAGGUGCUAUUAAGCACAAAAAGGAUCACCAUAUGCCUGAUUUUCUUUGCAUUGAAUCUGGCAGCAGCUAUUGAAAUACCAUUAUCAGUUGCGCAGCUCCCGACGAUCACGGAGCAGUCCAGCAUGCAGGUCGCCUACCCUUUCGAUGAGGACUUCACCAUCAAAUGUGAAGCUAAAGGAAAUCCACAGCCCACUUUCAAUUGGACUAAGGACGGAAAACCAUUCAAUUUAUUGUCUGACCGUAGGAUACUUACCUUUAACAAUUCUGGAACAUUUGUGAUUCAAAAUCAUGGAAUCAUCACCAAUUUCCAAGGGAAAUACCGUUGCUUUGCAUCCAACGCUCUGGGAACUGCCAUGUCAGAAGAAAUGGAACUUAUUGUUCCAACUGUGCCAAAAUUCCCAAAAGAAAAAAUUGAGCCCCUUGAUGUGGAACAUGGUGAUUCUGUGAUUUUGCAUUGUAACCCCCCAAAAGGCAUCCCACCGUUGCAUAUCUACUGGAUGAAUAUUGAUUUGCAGCACAUUCCACAAGAUGAAAGAGUCUCCAUGAGCCUUAAGGGAGAUCUCUACUUUGCAAACGUGGAAGAAAAUGACAGUCGAAGUGAUUAUUGUUGCUUUGCAGCAUUUCCAAGACUGAGGACGAUUGUACAGAAAAUGCCAAUGACACUGAAGGUUUCCCGUUUUAAACAUGCUAAUGACUCAGGCUCACCUAGUGCUGCGGUUACUAAGGCGAAUUUUAUCAAGGAGAGAAAACCCAAACUGCUGAUCCCCCCUGAAUCUUCUGGCAGUAGCUCAUCAGUCACCGUCAUCAAGGGAGGUGUCCUGCUACUUGAAUGUAUUGCUGAAGGGCUCCCAACUCCUCAUCUAAACUGGGUCAAGAUUACGGGAAGUUUGCCCAAGGACAAACCAGUAACAGAAAAUUAUGGGAAGAUUCUGAAGAUAGAGCAAGUGUCUGCAGCUGAUGAAGGAACCUACCAGUGCACAGCAAGCAAUUCUGUGGGCAGAGUGAAACAUGAGUUCCACGUUCAUGUUGAAGAGCCUCCACAGUGGAUAAAGGAGCCAGAAAGUGGUGUUUAUAGCGUUGGAACAAAUCUUGUGUUGUUGUGUGAAGCUUUUGGCAAUCCAGAGCCAACUAUCGAGUGGAAACUUAAUGGCAUGCCGAUUGAUAGUAGGACCUUCCGAGGGAGAAUAUCUGCCACAGAGAUCAGCCUUACCAACCUGCAAAUUCAGGACAGUGCUGUGUACCAGUGUGAGGCCAGCAACAAGCACGGCCGCAUCCUGGCCAGUGCUAAUGUGAAUGUUUUAAAUAUUGCUCCCUUAAUACUAACCUCAGAUGGUGAAAACUAUGCCACGGUUGUUGGUUACAGUGCCUUCCUGCACUGUGAAAUCUUUGCUUCACCUGCAGCAGAUAUUAGAUGGACUAAGGAUGAUAGUGUAGAGCCUCUCACAGCAUUACGCUAUGAAUUGAACAAAAAUGGAACCCUGGAGAUCAAAGACACAAGGAAGGAAGACUCAGGAUCAUAUGCUUGCUGGGCUGCAAACUCGGUUGGAAAACGAGCAAUUACUGCUAAUCUGGAUAUAAGAGAUGCUACAAAAGUUGUUGUUUCUCCGAAGAACCCUCAAGUGUUAAAAUCACAUUCCAUUUUAUUGAAAUGUCAAUCUGAAUAUGAUUCACAUUUGAAACACAGUUUUAAAUUAUCUUGGAGAAAAGAUGGAGAUGAGCUGCCAGUCAGCAGCACAGACAAUAGCAGGAUAAUUAUGGACAUGGAUACGUUGUUCAUAUCAAGUGUGACACUGGAAGAUCAAGGUGUUUACACGUGUGUGGCAAGAACUUCUCUAGACAGUGUCACAGCUGAAUCACAAUUAAUUGUUCUUGAUGUCCCUGAUCCACCAGAAGAUCUUCAACUUUCUGAACAUCAAAACCGAAGUGUUCGACUCUCCUGGAAAGCUGGGGCCAAUCAUAACAGUCCUGUUAAUGAAUCUAUUAUAGAGUUUGAAGAGAACCGAUGGGAACCAGGGAAGUGGCAGGAGCUAAGCAGAACCACAGGGAAUGAAACCACAACCGUUUUGUCCCUCGCCCCAUAUAUGAAUUACCAGUUUCGUGUCAUGUCUGUGAAUGCUGUUGGAAGAAGCCAGGCUAGUAAACCAUCACUGCGCUAUGCAACACCUCCAGCUGCUCCUGACAAGAACCCAGAAAACAUCCGUGUUGAAGCAUCUGAACCAAAUGAAAUGGUGAUGAAAUGGGAGCCGUUGAAACCUGCGGAGCGGAACGGGCCAGGGCUGGAGUACAAAGUCAGCUGGCGGCAGCAGGGGGUCGAGGCUGAUUGGAAUGAGGAGAUGGUGAAAAAGCAUUCGCUGACCCUGCGAAACACUCCCACCUUCGUGCCUUACGAGAUCAAAGUCCAAGCGGUGAAUAAUUUAGGAUCUGGUCCUGAACCAAAUGUUACCACUGGUUAUUCAGGAGAGGACAUUCCAGAUGCUGCUCCUUCCAGUGUGUCGGUGGAUACUCUGAACAGCACAUUGGUUAAGGUGUUCUGGUUUGGAAUUCCGAGGGACAGAGUUCGUGGACAUUUGAGAGGCUAUAAGGUCAGUUGGUGGAAAACAAGAAAUAUGCUGGAUGGAAAAAGACAUCACCCAGAGAAACACUUCCUGACCUUUGUAGGAGACAGAAACUAUGGAAUGAUUCCUGGUCUGGAGCCCUUUAGCGAAUUCCACUUAACUGUUUUGGCUUACAAUGCAAAAGGAGAUGGACCAGAGAGCUCUCCAGUUGUGUUUGAAACUCCAGAAGGAGUCCCUGAGCAACCACGUUCUCUAAGGAUAUUAAACUUUGAUAAGGACUCCAUCACUCUCUCGUGGGGACUUCCCAGGAAGGCAAAUGGUCACCUUACUGGCUACAUCUUGCAAUACCAGAUAAUAAAUGAGACGCACGAGAUUGGCCCUCUGAACAACGUCACCAUCAGCAACCACUCCAUGCUCAGCUGGCGGCUCUCCAACCUCAGCUCCAGCACCAAGUACAAGUUCUAUGUCAGGGCUUGUACAGCGAAAGGCUGCGGGAAGCCAGUCACAGAAGAAGGCCUAACGAUGGCUCAAGGGAGUAAAGGGAUCGGCAAGAUUUCAGAAGCAAUAAACCCCACCCAAAAGUUUCACCCCAUUGAGGCACUUGAGCCUGGAACUGAAUAUACAGUUCGUCUAGUGACUAAGAAUUGGGUUGAUAACAAUAGCAUUUUUGAAGAUGUAAUUGAGACGAGGGGGAGAGCUUAUGCUGGCAUUUAUGAUGGAAUUUCCACCCAGGGGUGGUUUAUUGGACUGAUGUGUGCCAUCGCCUUGCUCACCUUGCUGCUGCUAACUGUUUGCUUUGUCAGAAGAAAUAAAGGAGGAAAAUACUCAGUGAAAGAAAAAGAAGAUUUGCAUCCAGAUCCUGAAGCUCAAUCAAUAAAAGAUGAAAUCUUUGGGGAAUAUAGUGACAGCGAUGAAAAGCCACUGAAAGGCAGCCACCAGUCAAUAAAUGGGGACAUUAAAGCCACCGGAAGUGCUGAUAGUCUGGUAGAUUAUGGAGAAGGGGAGCACGGGAUGUUCAAUGAAGAUGGUUCAUUUAUUGGCGCUUAUUCUGGAUCUAAGGAAAAAGGAUCAGUUGAAAGCAAUGGGAGUUCUACAGCAACUUUUCCUCUCCAUGCAUAAAAUAUUCAUUUCUAAUUGUGAUAUUUAUCCUGACUAGUACUCCACAAUGAUUGGAAAUAGGUGAUUGCUGAAUGAGUCAGCCAGGAACCCAACAUCCAGGUAAUAUGAAAAUAAGUCACUGCCACUAAAAGAUGUUUUUUUAAGACUUUUCCACCCUAAUUGUUUGAGUCUUGUCUUCUAACGAAAACCAGUUGAAUCACUCCUUAUUAUACAAAAUAUGUCACUCAGUUUUACCAAAACACAGUUUCUUGGUGUUACAUAUGUAUAGUUGCUUGCUACUCUGUUUGUUUCUUAGUUUUGGGAUAUGUUUCUCUGUAAAAUAUUUCUUUUCUUGUGUGACUGUUGUCACUUUGUACAUACUUUUAUACCCAUUAUUCCCUCAUAUAUAACGACCUCAGCCAUGGAAAAGUUAAACCAUCACCAAAAAAAAAAAAGGUAAAAAGACAGGUAGCUCUACCAAGUGACACAGUCUUGCUGUGUCAAUGCUGCUGAGGAAAAACAUAAUUUUAAAUAUUGGAGAAAUAUACGCUAUGUAUUAUUUAAUUUUUCAUGAAGAAAAAACAUUAUUUGCUUCAGAUGCUCUGAAAAUUUCUUAGUGGUUACAGCUGACUGCAAUUACCAUUACUUAGAGAUGCAACUUUAUGCGUGGAAAAUUUACUCUCAAAAGAUAAAGUUGAGAUCAUGUGUAUGAAUCUUCUGUCCAGUAGCUGGCACUAUUUCCUUAAAUAAAGAAAGCUACAGUAACUUUCCUGUGGCAAGGUAAAACAGGGUUCCCAUCUGACCAUCAUUAAAAAGAAUUUUAAUUUGAUUUCCUGAAUUUCUGCAAGCUGCAUUUCUAAGCAUAGGCUUUUUGCCUGUCUCAUAUCUGUAUAUUUGUGUGCUAGCAUACAUUUCAUGGAGGCACUGUACAUAUGCUAUUAAUAUUGACACAAUUUAAAAUCAGCCUUGUUUUAUGAGUCAUGAUGCUAGCAUGAGUCUGUAUAGUUGUGUAGGAAUAGGAUUGCUUCUCAUUGUGAGCUUGAACCAGCAAAACUAGUUUUCAGAAAGUGGAGUCGUGUAAGCCCGUCAUAGGAAUCUUUCUUCUUUCUAAUAUCACAUAAAUACAUCUACCUGACUGUUAAGAGAUCGUUUAUUUUCAACCUUUUUGUUGUUAAAUAAAAUCAAAAGCAAAGAGGAAAUAUUACGGUAUAUUUUGGGUUAUAUUUGGUUUGCUGGAUGCAGGUUUAAAUCUCUGCUGCAGUUGUCUUUGCCUGUUGUGCUGUGAACACAGUGAACGCAGCAAAGGUGACCUCUGUUACCAGCACGUUUUUGUCUUUUAGUGUUUGGAUCUCCUGGUUAUCUGUAAGAUGGCUUAUGUUUUGAUAUCUCUUUCUUUGAUUAGAGUAUUAAUGCUACUUCAUUUCUUCCACUUACAAUUUUUUUGAACACUGUUGUGAGAAAACUAGUUACUGUAGGAAGAAUAUGUCCUAAAAGCCAUUUAUAUCCUGGUAGUAAUUAGGCAAAUAGUUCCGUCAUGGUCUCUGUAACUUCCAUGAAAGAAGGAGUAGAAGUAACAAUUGCUCCCAUUAAGAGUUUACAGAUAACACCUAAAAUUAAAAGUCUAUUAGUUGCACAUAUAAAUGCACUUUGUUACACAUAGAAAGGCCAUGAUUUAUAAGUAGCUACCCUUAAGUUUGUGCUCUCGGAGAGUUGUCCUCUCUGAAGUGGUUGAAUUCUCAAAAGUACUCAAUGAUUUCUGAAAAUAAUAAGUCUUUGGUGCUGGAUGCUUUUGAAAAGCUGUUCCUCUUUUAUAUUUUCACUCGUAAUGACCUUGUCUGUAGCCUCUCUUUGGAAAAAGCAAAUCCCCAGACCCCGGCGAGGCUGUGUGGAUGAGUAGGAGUGGAUCUGUGUGGAUCUGCCCGGAGUCAAAAAUAGUCCUGCUCCAUGUCAGUGGCCUCCGUGAUGUGAAGGAUUUGACAGUCAUUCAUUCUUUAUUACAUAUAAAGUUUUAUUUUCUGCAUUUCACUUAAACUGAAUGCUGAAAAAGUCCAAAGUCAUCUUCAUUUAGAAAAAGAAGCGAGGUAGUAAAUUGGAGGGAUGUGAAAAUUGGCAUCUUGUCAGCAGAGACGGAUUUUUCCACCAGGAUCAUUAUCUGCUGACUCUUGCCUGCCAUAACCUGAAAGAGAUAAAGACCAAGAACUGAUUAGACUUGUGCCAACCUUUGUUGCAAGCUUCACCCUAUUUUUAAUAUAUUUCCUUUAGGAAUCGUCUGCCCUCACAUGUGCUACUGCAUGUUGAUUACAGGCGAGUUUUGUUCUGUUUUCCCAGUCAUUUUUAUUGGAAUGUUUUUAUUUUAAAUGGAGAUAACUCCACUGUCUGACUCCUCUUAAAUAUUAAAGCUAAUCCCUGAAUCAUAUAUCUCCACCACACUGAGGACCUCUGAUGACGAGAGGAGGGUCAGUUCAGCUUUCUCCA